AGGUGGGGGAAAGUGAGGUGGGACCAAAAGGUUAAAAGAAAAGGAAGAAACUACAACAUCUUUAACAUAUUCAGACUCCUUUUCAAGCACAUGGUGUUUUCUUUUCUGUGUUGGGAUUUACAUUUAACUUGGAAACAAAGAUGGCCCACAGAGAUUGUUCAAAUUUGACAAACACUGCUGUAGGAAAUGAAACCAUUAUGGAUAAUCCAGUUGCCACAUCUAUGGGUGCCUUCAUCCUCAGCCUCAUCUUUCUCCUGGGCUGCCCAGGAAAUUUGUUCGUCAUCUGGAGCAUCGCGGCACGAGCCCGAAAGCAAUCUGUCACUACUCUUCUCAUCCUUAACUUAGCUAUCGCAGAUGGCUUUCUAAUGGCUUUAACCCCGUUUUUCAUUGUCUACCUCGUUAAACAGAACUGGGUGUUUGGGAAUGUAAUGUGUAAGGUCCUCUACUACCUGUGUCUAGCCAACAUGUACGCUUCCAUCCAGCUCAUUAUGAUGAUGAGCCUCUACAGGCUGGUGGCUGUGCUGUGGCCACAACGUGUCAGUGUUAUCACCACCCAAAAGACGGUACCGCGUGUGCUGGCAGCGGUGUGGGCACUGGUGAUUGCCGCCUCCAUUCCUGCACUCCUCUUCAGAGAAGUGAGGGACAAGGGACCUAUGCAUGUUUGCGAUUCCUUCCAUGAUUUGUGCAGCCAUGUGAGUUGA